GACGCCUCAAGACCCGGAAGAGCGCAGCUCAAGGGAUGGAAAUAUCACUUCUUUUCUUCUUCUGCAAGCACUUGAUUAAACCGUAAACUGUGAGCUAUUUUGAUUAAGCGACCGGGAUGGCAACGUCCGCUAUCUUUCUCCUGGACCUGAAAGGCAAGGUCCUUAUAUACCGGAAUUACAUGGGUGACAUUGACAUGGGUGAGAUCGACCACUUUAUGCCCAUCAUGAUGAAGAGUGAGGAAGAGGCAGAACUAUUGCCCGUGGUGACCCAUGGCUCCACCCAUUUCCUUUACAUUAAACACAGCAACCUCUACUUGGUAGCAAUGACCAAGAAGAAUACGAAUGCAGCCUUGGUGUAUUCCUUCUUGUAUAAGAUAGUGGAGGUUUUCGAAGAGUAUUUUAAAAGCCUGGAGGAGGAAAGCAUACGAGACAACUUUGUGACUGUGUAUGAGCUAAUGGAUGAAGUCAUGGAUUAUGGUUUGCCUCAGACCACGGACAGUAAGAUCUUGUUGGAGUAUAUCACUCAGCAAGGACAUAAACUAGAAGUGGGUGCGCCACGUCCCCCUACAACAGUUACCAAUGCUGUGUCCUGGAGGUCAGAGGGCAUCAAAUACAGGAAGAAUGAAGUGUUCAUGGAUGUCAUUGAGUCUGUCAACCUACUGGUCAGUGCUACAGGUAGUGUCCUACGCAGUGAGAUUCUGGGCUCUAUCAAACUGAAGGUGGUUCUGUCAGGCAUGCCUGAGCUCAGGCUGGGUCUCAAUGACAAAGUGCUUUUCGAGAUCACUGGCAGAGAGAAGAGCAAGUCUGUGGAGUUAGAGGAUGUUAAGUUUCAUCAGUGUGUGAGACUCUCUCGGUUUGAAAAUGACCGAACCAUCUCAUUCAUUCCCCCAGAUGGAGACAGUGAACUCAUGUCUUAUCGCCUUAAUACUGCAGUGAAGCCGCUUAUAUGGAUUGAAAGUGUGAUAGAGAAAUUUUCUCAUAGCAGAGUAGAGAUCAAAGUUAAGGCACGUAGUCAGUUCAAGAGCCGCUCCACUGCCAACAACGUGGUCAUCCUUGUACCCGUGCCCAGCGAUGCCGACUCGCCCAAGUUUAAGACAAGCACAGGACAUGCCAAGUGGGUGCCUGAGAAGAGCGCCGUGGAGUGGACGAUCAAGUCCUUCCCUGGAGGGAAAGAAUACAUGAUGAGAGCUCACGUUGGUCUACCUAGUGUGGAGAGUGAUGAACAGGAAGCCAAGCGACCAAUCACAGUGAAGUUUGAGAUCCCUUAUUUCACUGUAUCAGGCAUUCAGGUUCGAUACUUAAAAAUCAUUGAGAAGAGUGGCUACCAGGCAUUACCAUGGGUGCGAUAUAUUACACAGAGUGGAGAUACGGACGAAUUGAUGGGAUUUAUUUCACAGCAGUGUCUUAACAUUCCUUCUACUCUUCUGAGAAAAAUAACGAUGUGCUGUCUUCAAACAUCAGUCAAAUUCCAGCAUCUCUGUCUAUCUUGCACGCAAUGUCUGUGGACGAGAGAGACACAGAGAGUGUGUGUUGUUUGGAUACGUUACUGAGUCUAAGAUCUUUUGCCAAUACAUCAAUAACAAAAAUAGUCAUACAAUGUUUUUUCUCUAAGAAAUAUAGAUUUUGGUAGUUUGCUGUGUUAUUUUAUAUAUUUUUAACAUAAUCUGUUUCUUGUCCAGAAGUUGAAUUUAUAUGUAUUUAACAAUUUGAUGGGUGAAGUCAACCCAUCAGUGUUUUAGGCUACUAGUUUAAAAUAUGUUGUUACUUGUUAUCUGUUACAAUUAUUAACUCACUGACCAGUGGAAUAAAUACCUACACAAAAUCAAUUAUUAAUAAGGCUGUACGCUGUCAGGCAGGGGUGUAACACAAUAUUUUUACUGCAGUAUCAUCUGUGGCACAUACACACAGGCACUCACACACACAAAUACACGAGAAAUUAGCAGGCAUGGCAAAAUAAAGACAAUACAAUCAAUUAAUUCUGAAAAAAAGAUCACACACACACACACCACUAAAGGAGACAUAUAUACAACUAAAGGAGACAUAUAUACAACUAAGGGAAACGACAGCAAGAAAAGCCAAGACUCCAUAUCACACUACCUCAUUCUCAUUAUCUUAUGAUUAAACAUUAAACCUGAACCUUGUUUUACAUGGUUUAAAUCUCCUCACUGUGGCUGUCUCCUGUGUGUCAUUGCAGGAGUUUAUGGAAAUAAAACCUGGCCAUAAUUCCCUAUAUUCAGCAUGCAUUGCAUCCCUUGUUCUAUCAGUGGGCCUGCUGUAUGUGUAUGGAAUAUUGUUUGGACCGCUGCAGAGGCAGCAGAAUAUAUUAUUUGCUGUAUGACAGCCCGUCUCUCCUUGGCCUGCACUCACCGGAGGCCAGUGGCAUGCUAACCUUCACAUAAUUAUUCCACCAUGCCGCUGCCUCGGAAAUAUGCUUUUGAUCUCAGUUUUUAUUUAGUGAUAACAUCUACUUGAUACUGUACGUGUGACUGUGAGGAAAGAAAUGGCAGUGUUUUGUCCCUUUUUGGGGUAGGUUUUUUUUAUACUGUGUAUUGUCUUGUUGUUCAUACUACUUAUAUUAAACCUUUU